GCGGUUGAGCUAGGCCUUAAUUUUGUUGCCAUAACAUAUAUUUUUACAAUCCGAUUUGAGCUAAAAUGGAUUCCACGGUCCCGGAUGACGGCUCCGCUGGCCCCCUCACCGUCGUGGCCGUCGAUAAAGAUAAGAACAGCGCCUCCGCCGUGAAAUGGGCGGUCGAUAAUCUCCUUAUCAGCAGUCCCUUUCUCAUCCUUCUCCACGUCCGGAACAAAUCAUUACUAAAUCAGAACGGUGCUCCAGAUGCAAAUGGUGGAAUUAACAACGAUCCCAAUGCAUAUAAUGUCUUCAUACCGUUUCGUGCCUACUCUGCACGCAGAGGGAUAAUAGUGAAGGAGGUUGUUGUUGAGGAUACUGAAGUGCCCAAGGCAAUAGGAGAGUACAUCAACAUGAAUCGCAUUUCCAACCUUGUUAUUGGUGCAUCAACUCGAAGUGCUAUAGCCAGGAAAUUUUGGACUCAUGAUGUAUCAACUAUUGUGAGCAAGAUUGCGCCAGACUUUUGCUCGGUCUAUGUAAUCUCAAAAGGAAAGCAACAGUCUGUCCGUCCAGCAUCAAGAGUUCUUUCUACUUUUGCAACUCCAUCAUGGUCUCAAGUCACUUCAUCACACGGUUCUAGGAUCAGCAGUGCCGAUUCAGAGGAUAGCAGGUCAUCAUCCUUUUUGAGGGGAGAGCAAAACAUGAGACCUAAGCAAAGCAUGGAUAAUAAAGACGGUAAUGAUGCUUCCAUCAAAAGGUCAAGGAAUUCAUCCAGCCGCAGUUCUAUUCUCGAUGAUCUAGACAUCUUUGCAAAAACUAGCGAUGGGCCUGUAAAUCCCACAGGCCAUGAUUUAGACUUCACAAGGGUGCCAGAAGCAGUAAGUGAUGGGGGCUCAGCUGCUGAGAAUAGCUUGGAAAUUGAGAUGAAAAGACUGAAGUUAGAGCUGAAGCAAACCAUGGACAUGUAUAACAAUGCUUGCAAAGAAGCUAUCUCAGCCAAGCAAAAGGCAAAAGAGCUUCAACAGCUGAAGAUAGAAGAAUCACAGAGGUUUGAGCAAGCUCGGAGUGCAGAAGAGGCUGCUCUUAAAAUGGUUGAGAUGGAGAAGGCUAAAUGCAGAGCUGCCCUUGAAGCAGCUGAAAAAGCACAAAAGAUUGCUGAGAUGGAAGCACAAAGAACAAAGUAUGCAGAGAUGAAGGUAAAGAAAGAGACGGCAGAAAAGAACCGAGCCCUGAAUGUUCUAUCCCAAAGCGAUUGUCGGUACAGAAAGUAUACCAUAGAAGAGAUUGAGAAGGCCACUGAAAAAUUCUCAAAUUCAAUGAAGAUUGGCGAAGGCGGGUAUGGUCCGGUGUAUAAAGGCAAGCUUGAUCACACACCGGUUGCCAUCAAAGUUUUAAGACCUGAUGCUGCACAAGGAAGGAAACAAUUCCAACAAGAGGUUGAGGUACUCAGUCUCAUCAGACAUCCAAACAUGGUUCUUCUCUUGGGGGCGUGCCCCGAGUACGGGUGCUUAGUGUACGAGCACAUGAGCAACGGCAGCUUGGAGGACCGCCUGUUCAGAAAGGGCAACACCCCGCCGAUCCCGUGGGAGAUUCGGUUCAAAAUCUCGGCGGAGAUCGCGACGGCAUUGCUAUUCCUCCACCAGUCGAAGCCCGAGCCGCUCGUCCACCGCGACCUCAAGCCGGCGAACAUCCUCCUGGACCGUAAUUUUGUCAGCAAGAUCAGCGAUGUCGGCCUGGCAAGGCUCGUCCCGCCUUCAGUGGCGGAUGACGUCACACAGUAUCACAUGACGUCUGCUGCCGGGACGUUCUGUUACAUAGAUCCGGAGUAUCAGCAGACUGGGAAGCUGGGGACCAAAUCGGAUGUGUACUCUCUUGGAGUGAUGCUGCUCCAGAUUAUCACCGCGAGGCCCCCCAUGGGAUUGACCCACCACGUGGAGAGGGCAAUCGAGAAGGGCACAUUUCCAGAUUUGUUGGAUCCGACGGUCCCUGAUUGGCCGGUGGAAGAGGCUCUUGAGUUUGCAAAAUUAUCUCUCAAGUGUGCUGAGCUCAGGAAGAAAGACCGGCCCGAUCUUUGUACAGUGAUAUUGCCAGAGCUUAACAGGAUGAGGGAACUGGGGAUGGCGAGCCUGUCGUCUAAAAACUGUGACCAAACCUUUGGAUGUUAUGGUUGAAGAAGAUCAACUGAGCCUUCAUUAACGGUCAUCCUAACAUGAUGGGGAAUUGGUGAUGAUGGCAGACAGGGGAACAAAAACCUAGCUUAUUUCUCAAACAGUGCUAUUGGGCAAUGGCCGGCAACAAGAAACUAAGGCUGUGGCAGGGAAAGAGAACUGGUAAAGUUAGUAUCCUUUUAGUGUGAAAAGAACAAGUUUUUGUUUGUCAUCAGUUAUUGCUUCAAUUCCUAUUUUGUGUCCAUGAAUGAGCUGCUGUGCAACACUUCUUGACAGAAUUAAUCUGAAAAUGUCUUAUUCUCAAUGAACUUGUUCAUGUUUA